AUUAUUAUUAUAUUAUUAUUAUAUUAUUAUUAUUAAUAAUGUUAUUAUACAUAUACGUAUAUGUAUGCAUAUAUAUGCGCGUGUACGUCCAUACAUGGAUGCGCGUGUUCUCCGUUCGUAUACGCGGAUGCAAUAUAUUCGUUACGUGUAUAAAUUUUGCAUGUAACGCAUAUGUCGUAUACGCGUAUAGACAGGCGUGCUUGCCACCUGUGUAUGACCGUAUGUGCGUGCGUGUCUAUGAACGCGUGUAGACAUGAUUGUAUGUAUGUAUGUACGUACGUAUGUAUAUAUAUGUAUGUAUGUUUGUUUGUAUGUUUGUGUGCAUGCAUGCAUGCACGUAUGUAUGUAUGCGUGUACGUAUGUACGAUGUAUGCGAGUCAAACGAUGCACAGAUAUGUGUACGCAUACGUAUGUAUACGUAUACGUAUAUUAAUUUUUAAGUACUACUACAUUGUCACAUUGUUUACUGCCAAGUGAUACGCGAAGAUCAGCGACGUUGACGUUAGGAUUGUGAUGGCUUGUACUAAUUAAGAGAAAUCGGUGAAGCCUGCGAUUUUAUUAUACCGCGGUUCAAUGUUGCAAGUAUACGUGUGAGAGAUCGCGUAUAUGUGAUUGUGAGAGCGUGCGCGUGUGUGAAUGUUAGUGUAGGUGUACGUAUGGAAAAGAAAAGAGAAAGAACUCGAUGAUAGGAAUUAAGAGAGAGCAGUAGACGAAAGAACUCGAGUGACAAGGAAUUAAGCGUAACGAUGUAACGGAAGUGGUGGGACGAUUGGCGAUGCCGGAAAGAAUGUCGGAACGAGCGAGUCAAGCGAGAACGAAUGGAGGUAGAAUUUUAUGAUAGAAGAGUCGUGACGCGUGAAUGAGAUCUCGCGAGUAUCGAUAUAGUGAUAAAUUUGAAUAAUUUUUGUACGGUUGAGAAAGAGAGAAGAACGCGCGGAUACGUUGUGUGCCGCGCGUGUAUGCUUGCGCGUAUACGUACGGACGCGUACAUCCGCGUGCAUCGGCAUGCAUCCGCGCGUGAACAAUUGCGCGCGUAAACGCGGCCGUGCGCGAACGUACGAUGCGAUGUCGCGUAUGCGUAGAGCGCGCCAAGCGCCGCUAGACCUUCUAUUGUUGGUCUAUAAUGUGUACAGUCAGUGAAACUAUUAUUAUUAUUAAGGGUCAGACAGGUCUUACGGAAGUAGAAACUGAAAGGUUUAGGAAUCAACGGUUCUACGAACAUUUAUCGUGUUCGGUCGGUUACGAUCACGGAAUAAAGCGUCGAACGGACGUACGAAACUUUAAUCGAGACAAAACUGAAUAUUAAGAACCGCGCAUACGUGUAAUAUUUGUUUGUUUUUUCGGUGAUAGCGUUACGAGAGCGGAAAUUAGUCUAAAUUUAAAAAAGACGUUUGUUGUUUCGUUGUUUCUUUUGCUUCUUCGCGUUCUUUUUUUCUUUCUUAUUUUUUCCUUUUCUUUGGUUAUCUUUUGAAAUUCGAAAACGAAACAAAGAACCGUUGAACACGAACGAAUGUGAGAUAAAUAGAGAAAAAGCAUAGCUUAUAUGUUUUGUUUUUCUUUUUUUUUUUUUUUUAAUUUUAAAAUUUUACUUUCAAAAUUUUUACGUUACGUUUCGUCGCGUGAUUCGCGCAGCGCUCGUGCGCGCUCGCGCAGAUCUUUUUAGAAACGACUGACUACCGAAAUUUGAUAAUGAUAGUCACGGAUUGAUUUAGGACGCGUAAAGUGAACGCAACGUUUACGAUCGCGUGAAUGCAUACAGCACACAUUUUGAGCGUUGACUCGUUGUUAUUGUUAGCCUGUUAGUUAAUUAGUAAGAGUUGUAAGUGCGGGCUUAUAGUUGGUCCCUGUCCCUGGAGCCCAGACACCCCGCCCCCUGUUCUGGAGAAUAUUCGAAAAAAGAUAUAAGCAAAAGCUUGAUACCAUUUCACACGCAACCCCCCGACUUAUUACGAUGAAAAGGUAGAAAGUUAAAAGUUUAACGAGAAACAUUAAAAUUCGUUUGUAACGAAGCGACUGCAUAUCACCGUAUUGUUCUAUCGUGUAGGAUCGGAAAACGAAUUAGCGCGUACGUCGGCUCCGUUUCAAUAUCACGUGCACACGUACAUACAGAAAAAAAAAGCACGCGCGCGCGCGUACAAGUAGGCAUCGGGAAAACACGGUUUCAUACGGGAACGAUAGAAAUUUCAGUACGCGAGAAAGAAAACACGAAUUCUGUCCACUGAAAGUUUUCGAGCGAUCGAUUUUCGCGAACGAAUAGGGUUCAAGGAUGAUCGAUCGUUUGAAAACUAAUCGCAUCGAUGAGCAUUUUGUUACAUACUAUUAUUAUUAUUCGCUUUUUACUUAAACUUCAUAUUUCUAUGCCAUCGAUACCGUUUUAACAGCGAUAAUAUGAUGACUGUAACGUAAAGAUCAAAGGCCCCUUACUUUUACUUCCUGUCCCCAGUCAUGCGGUCAUUGUCUAUCGGAAGGAAGCAACUCGGAGUGUGAACGGGAGAAAGAGAAGAUAUGGAGCAUGAGAGCGAGAGAACGAGAGAGAGAGAGAGAGCGAGAGAGAAAGAGAGAGAGGUAGAGAGAAAGCGGGAGAACUUGGAGGAGGAUGAUGGCAAGGAUGGUUGGAUGGAAGGGAAGCAAAGGAAUCGAAGCGAAUGAGAAAAGAAAAGAUAGAAAAGGAGCCAGCGGUUAGGAACGAAACAAACAGAAACUGAUAUAUUUCCUCUGUAUCGGUUGAAUGUUAUUACCUUUUAUUCCUUUAGCCUUCUCCCAUCCCCCUCUCCUAUCAAUCAUCAUUAUUCACUUACCAUAUUUUAUACCUACCUAUUCUACUUACCUACACACGUCCUAUUUAUAAAAUCAUGUUAUCGAGGAUGUAAUAAUAUUAAUAUUAACGAUACGAUAAGAAUAAUAUUGCUAAUUAUACUGAGUGGAUUUUUGUAACACGAUAACGUUUCAAUAUAAAUUCUGGUUUUCCUUCGAAAUUUGUAGUAAAGGAAGAUCAUAUACGUAUAUUACGAAACAGCAGGCAGGCAGGUAGGAAGCAAAGAUGCAAGCGAGAAAAAAGAAAGAAAGAAAGAAAGAAAGAACGGACGGCCGAACGAACGAACGAACGAAAGCACGAACGAACGAAAGAGAAAGCUAGCAAGAAAGAGAGUAAGAAAGAAAGAACGAUAGAUAGCAAGAAAGAAAGGGAUAAAGGGAAAAAGGAAACAAAUCCAGCUUGCGGGGGCAAGGAAGCAUAACCUGGCAAAAGCGGAAGCAGUUCACGGUGACGAGACUUUAGACUGAUCUAGGUACUAGCGUUACGAUAUUGGCCCUACCCCAGCCUUAAGGUGCCCCAACGUUAUAUCAUUUACCCUCUUUGCGCUAUUUUAUACUUUGACCGGUGUGCGGCAGCUGGGGUGCCUGGGGGGUUAUCGGUCGCAUUUAGGAUAAAAUGCACCACUGUGGCUGACGAUGCUGUAGCCACGCGCGCCCUUUUACCCGGUCAUUGACCUAAUUCGCGGCACACAUCCUUGGGAACUUGACUCUUUUUGGUUGGCCCGUGUCAGGCGGAUGUUGUGUGAUUUUUGGGUCGCUCAAUUUAUGUUAAUAACGGCCCAAAGAUGUGUUUUUUAAUUAUAUAUAAAUAUAUUAUAUAUUAUAUUCCUGCGAAUAUGCAUUUUGUGACGUGAUGUUAUAUAGCACUAAUGAGGAAAACAAAUAACGAACGAUAACAAACAAACAAACAAAAAAAAAAUGAACAAUUGUGUACGAAAAGAAAAUGACAAAAAAAAUGUUAAAAAAAAAACAACAAAGUACGUAACACUAUUCACACGAAUAUAAACGGUUUAUGUUUCUCGCGCCACAUGCCACACGUCAGCUCCAUGGCUAUAAAAAAAAGAAAAAAAAAAAUUUCUUACAAAUUUCUUACAAAUUUCUUACGACCAAAUUCUUCUAUCGUUAGUAAUUGCGUUUUCAGAUUAUUUUUUUUAAUUAUUCAUCUUCCAAUUGCUUUGCUUUUUUUUAAUUCCCGCAAUUUUAAAAGUUGCCCUCAAUAAUUUUAGUGUGACGUAGUUGAACAUAAUAAUUAUCGAUGAAUUUAAAAACGACGUUGAAACGGUUCCUUUUUUGGGCUAGGAGCUUGAUUUAAAGUGUCAAAGAUUUUUGUGUAUGACCAGAUGUAUUCUACAUGUCUCAAUAAACAGUUGUAUGUGAAUUACCUUUCUUAAACGAUGCUGUAUUUAUUUGCACGGUAUCAGCUUUCCCGAAUACCGCGCGAGUCGUCGUUACGGCUAUUGAUUUUUCCUUUUUCCAUAAUUUCCUGCUGCUCGUAUCUCCUCCGACGCUAUUGUACGAGUAACGAUAACGUUGUAGGGGUGAAAAGAUAGAAGAGAGGGAAAAGCAAUAUCGUCCGCGUUCUCAUCUCGAAAUAAUUUAAAAGCGCUUUCGUUCUCUCCGCGAUAUCCUAAUAAAUCGACGAAUAUUUCAGAUUUUUAACCAUUUUAUUUUUACAUUUAUACAAUAAAUACAUUUUUCUUAUUUUAAAAAUUUUUGAAAAUCGGAUGUUAAUUUUUAUUUUGUCGAGCGUGGGAUAUGACGUAAGGGAGUACAUAAUAAAGUUCGAUUACAAUAACGAAUAUCAAGGAGUGAUCGUUUCCGUGACGAGUUUAAACGAUCCUGUUCGAUCGUUCGUACCAGCGUCUCGUCUCGAGGCUUCUUCGAUCGAUGCAGAAUCCCUCGUUCUCGGUCGUUUCACCCCCACUGUUGCUCUGACUGAUCCGAGCGACCUCUCUUCGUUUCUCCCUUACGGUUAGGGCGUAUCGGGGUAAACCAGUGUCUCCGUAGAACUGGAAAGAGUGGGUUACGGCUGCAGGGUGUUCCUCGUCGUUCGGAUCGUCUCGUUCAACGUCUCUGUUGGUCUCACGAAAGUUCGCGCGUGCAACGUACAUGUGCGUGCGUGCACGCGCGCACCUCGUACGCUCUAGAUUUCCGUAUGGCGUACGCGUAAUACAGAAGUUUCGCUGGUGCAUGCAGCAGAUAUCGGGGGCGACGUAUCGCGUCGACAUAGUUCUCGUAACACGAUUUCAAGGAGUCGAUAACGAGUUAACGAAAGGUGUGCGUUACGCGUGACACGCGUCGAAAAGAUCACGAAAUUGCUGGAUUCUGCGUUUCGUCACCGUGUUUAUUGUUUACGGAGCGACCAUCGUUCUGACGACUCGCAUUUCGCGAUUUGCGGAACGCGCGAGCUCGAGGAGAUCACGAUCUAGCGCGGCGUGAAGUGCGCGCGCUUUGCAUUCGAUGAGAAAGGACGCUCGUGCACCGGAGGAAAACGUUCGAGAACCUGGUGGUGGUGGUGGUGGUGGUCGGUCGACGGUCGACCGACGACGACAUCGUCGUAUCUUUUCCUUCAACGUUUCAAUUCGUGCGAACGUUGAAUAAGAUCCGAAGCUUAAACUCGGUGAUUUACCGAGGUACGAAUUCGCGUUGCUGUUCGAUCACAUGAUGUUUGGGAGUAACUUUUCAUAUUCUUCCUAUACGUGGAAUAAAGAUUGACGAUAUGGUAAACUCGUCGUUAGCUAUUAUCAAUAACGUAUAUCUCUCGAUUCGAAGGAAGGAGUUAAAAAAAGCACUAAAUUCGAUUUCGUACCUCUAGGAUGCACUAUGGCUUCGGUACUCUGGCAUGCUUCUUGGAACAAUUUCGUUUCUCCCGCUUUUAUCUUGUUCUUGCUACUUUGUCCGCGUAGCAGUACAGAAUGCGAUCAAAAGUUUAUAAGCACGCCGGAUGGUCCGCUGGAAGGAACUUUUUAUGCUCCGUCGUUAAUUAACCCGGAAAGGGAAUCUCGACAAUGCGUGUACACGUUUUUCGCCGGACCGCGGCAACGGGUAGAGUUGGUUUUCAAUACGUUCGGUCUUCGAGGAACUCCGCCACACGGCGCCGCCGUUGGAGAAAUACCUGCCUGCGUCCACGAAUACGUUGACUUGUACACCGAAAUAAGAUCGGAGAACGUGACCAAGUUAGUGGAUACGCCUUUCGGUGGACGUUUCUGCGGUCCGAUACCACCUCGCAGGCGGGUUUCCCUUUACCAGGGAAUCGCCAUUAGUUUCUACACCGAUAAAAAUAUCACGUUACCCAGCCUCUUUAGCGGUACUUACGCGUUUGUCAAUGCAUCGGAAUACGAGGUGGGAACGCCAGCUCCUAGCACGCCGUGUUCUUUUACGGUGAAUUCGGAGCACAAACGUAGCGGCAACAUAUUAUCUCCUACGUAUCCGGGCACUUAUCCAAAAGGUCUGACGUGUAGCUACAAGUUUAUCGGGAAACAUAGCCAACGAGUACGCUUGGAAUUUCGAGACUUUGAUUUGUACUUUGGAGGUCCGCAUUGUCCGUUGGACUACGUUAAAGUUUACGAUGGUUUGGACAAUACGUCUGCCGUUAUUGGAACAUAUUGUGGACAGCAACGAAACUUGGUGUUGUAUUCGUCCGAAUCUAGUCUAUUCGUACUGUUCGAAACUCUUGAACGUACAGCAAACACGCAAAAUCGGGGGUUCAAGGGAAUCUUCGAAUUCUCCGAAAGUUUUGUUAAGUUAGACUUCAUAACCGCUUACAAGGGUGAGCAUAUUCGAGGAUCGGAAUGCGAUCAGAAGAUCUUGAGUAAAAAGGAGUCCUCUGGUCAUGUCGUUAGUCCAAAUUACCCGUAUCCGUACAUACCGAAGGUGGUAUGUCGGUAUUUCAUAUAUGGAAUGCAAGACUCGCAACAUCUGGAACGCGUUCGAUUAGUGUUCACGACAUUUCAGAUACCAAGAAAUACGACAACAGGAGAUUCGUCGUGCACCGAUGGCUACUUAAAGUUGUAUCUGAAAGGACAAGAAGCCACCGAUUCUUACGAUAAAUUCGAUCACGAAUUAUGCGGUUUAAAGAGCAAUCCGAGCCACGUAGUUAGCGAUGGUCCGAGACUGGUAAUGGUAUUUAGUAGCGGAGAAUCACAAGGGCAAGGUUUUAAAGCAAACUACACUUUUGAAACGGAAUAUAAGAUACCGGGUACAGCAGCUCCUGAUGGAAGCUGUACGUUCACGUACCGCAGUUCCUCGCGCAAGAAGGGAGAAUUUAAUUCUCCGCGACAUCCCAGCAAUUAUCCCAGUGACACGAAUUGUACUUAUUUUUUUUUAGCGACUCCGAACGAACAAGUUACCUUGAUAUUCGAUUAUUUUAAAGUCAGAACGAAAAACACGAAUGUCACUGUUGGUCACUAUGGGCUAAAUGUUUGUCAAGACGAUUGGCUAGAAAUCUACAAUAUGUAUCGAGACGAUACGGAAAAAUUGAUAGGUAGAUAUUGUGGUAGCACGGCUCCGGGACCCGUAGAAUCAAAUCUCGGUGCGCUCGGUUUAAAAGUAAUCCUUCAUUCGGAUUUCGAACUAGUUUCUAGCGGCUUCAAAGCGCGCUACACGUUCGAAGUGGCCAAACCCAUUUUUGGAGAUUGUGGAUCGAAUAUAAGUAGCGUGAAUUACGGCAUAAUCGCCAGUCCAAAUUUUCCGAACAAAUACGACGGACCCGCGAGAAAUUUUGCUAGCAAAACUUGUAAUUGGUUUAUAAGAGUUCGGCCCAACCACCAGAUACUGUUAAACUUUGAAUUAUUUUCCGUAGAAGGUGAUCAGUCAGUUCGCGGUUGUCCAGCUGCAGUACUACGCAUGUGGUAUUCUUCGUUGUUAACGCCGAUCGAACUGUGUGGCGUAAAAACGCCGGACGUUAAAUGGACGUAUUUGUCCGAGGAUAAUAACAUGCGGCUUAGCUUUAUUUUGGCCGACAAGGCGGUAGGACAACAAGGCUUCAGAGCAACAUGGACCGAAGUCAGCAUGAACACCAGCUGCCAGGAUCAGUUUUUGUGCAGCAAAAGUAAAUACUGCAUCGCCGAUUCGCUUCGGUGUAAUAACAUUUAUAAUUGUGGCCCGGCUGAUACUUCGGACGAGGAAAACUGUGAUACGGUUGUACAGGCGGAUAAUUAUGCUGUUCCUGCGAGUUACGCCGUUGGUACGGUGUUGGUAGUAUUGAUCGUUUGCCUGUUUUAUCAUCGAAAGCUAAAAAGACGAGUUCAAGCAGUGCAUCUCGAUCAGCUACGACAGCGUAUGGAUGAAAAGAAUCGAUGUUAUCACGAUGAAAAUUUACUUCAGCAUCACCACCACUACCACCACCACCACCAUAAUCAUCAGUAUCAUAGUUACUAUCAUCAUCAUAAUCAUAAUCAUGAUCAACAGCAACUACAGCAACAGCGUUAUCAGGACUCGACCAAUGAUUUUGAUUCAAGAUUUCAACUAGAAUCGUCGAUUAGUCCUGCGAGCGAGAGCGAAGCCGAAGAGGCUAGCAGUCUCAACAGCGUGUGACAUCGUGCUAUUUUACUCGAACUAUGAUCAACGACCGGUGCUUUCUUCCGUUCGUGUUCCAUGAACGUUGAACGCGUAGUAACAUCGAUAUCCUUCGAUUUUGUUGUCAGACGCUCAACAAAGUUUCUUUCAAUUUUUAUUGUAUCGAAGCGUUGGUAUACUUUCACUCAUUUCGACUUAGGACGAAAAACAAAUUUAUCCUUGUGGUUUAUAGAGAAACGUGUGUUCCGAUAAUAAAAAGUGUACGGACUUUAUUAAACGAUUCGUACGUGAUCGAAUGUACGAAAAAGACUUGUCUACUUGUAAAACGUACGUUAAACUUAAGCUACAUCCUAUCCAGAUCCCAACGUUUUCAACGAAGUUGUACGAACUUGUUCCGCAAAUACGCAACAUUUACAUUUCGAGAAAUUUGUUUCUUCGAAAGAACGCGAAAUAUAUUUUUAAGCUAGUCAUCUUGAUUCGUUGUUGUUGUUCUUGUUCUUCGUUUUCAUAAACUUGAUCUGUUGAUAGUAAAAUAACGGUAGUAAAAUUCGAGACAUUUUUUUCAAGCUUCUCUUUUAUUUUACCGACAAAAUAUUCGAUUUCAUGGAAAAUACAAAUCGUAAAAAUACAAUCAUAAAAGAAUACGGGUCGUUGCAUUUUUAAAGCAAACGUUCAAUCAUAAAAACUCCCUCUUUUUAAUUCUUCCAUAAUUUGACACUAUACAAAAUUGUGUGUUACGCUCAAUGUCUCAUAUUUUCUUUUACAUGUAGCGUCAUACUAGUCAUCUGUUAUGGUUCCGUUGUGCUAAAGUGCGUCACGUUACUUUGCAAGCACAGAUAAAAAAACGCAAGGCCUCUUACAAAAGAUGUAUAGAAAACGAUAAAUCAUACUUAUAUACACCGGUUUACAAAUCUACAAACAUAUGGAAGAAAU